GGCAUGUAGGCUUCUAGGUAGAGAUACCAUCAUGUAACCCCAGGGACCGAGAUCAGUUACCAAUGCCUGGUUGAGGACUACUGAAGUAGAAAUCGCCCAAACUGUGGAAACUGCUUCCCUUUAGACAACUAUGGCCCAAGUUGUUAGGUUGCUGCUGUUGUCGCUGCUGCUGCUGCUUUUCUGUUCCUGUGCUCAGAGUUUCACCCAGAGACGGAACCGGGGUGACUCAUGGAGCACAGAAAAGCACCCUACCGAUCGAUGGUUCCAGCAAAUGCUCAACCAUUUUAGCAAAAAUGGUUCGUCGUUCUGGUCACAGAGAUAUUUCAUUAAUGAUAUUUUCUACAAACCUGGAGGCCCAGUAUUUCUGUUCAUCAAAGGGGAAAAUGCUGCCAGUAGACAAAUGGUAACAGGUAAUAACACCUGGACUACAUAUGCUGAGAGAUUGGGUGCCCUUUGCUUACUUCUGGAACACAGAUUUUAUGGACAUAGUCAACCAACUGGGGAUCUGAGUACUGCCAGCCUCCGCUACCUCAACAGCAGGCAAGCCUUGGCUGACAUUGUCAACUUCCGAACUCAAAUAGCAAAAACAAUGGGGCUCACCAAAAAUAAAUGGGUUAUAUUUGGUGGCUCUUAUGGAGGCUCCCUGGCAGUGUGGUCAAGGAUAAAACGCCCUGACCUGUUUUUUGCAGCAGUGGGCAGCAGUGCACCAAUGCUAGCUAAAGUUAAUUUUUAUGAGUACCUUGAAAUAUUUUACAGAACCCUGACCACUUAUAACAUAGAAUGUGCAAGAGCAGUGGAAAAGGCUUUCACUCUCAUUGUGGCCUUGGUGAAAAUUCCGGAAUAUUACAGUAUGCUUGCAGAUGAUUUCAUGUUAUGUGAGCCUCUUAAAAUUAACUCAGAAAUGGACGCAGCCUUUUUCCUACACAAGAUGAUAUAUUUUAUCAGGAUAGAAUUGAAUAAGAUCACCAUUGAUGACUUUUGUGACCUGAUGACUGACACCUCACUUGGCUCACCAUAUAAUAGAUUUGCAACAAUUGCAAAUAUGAAGAUCAUAAAUAAAAAGUGGUCUUGCCUUUAUGCAAAUUACAGUGCUUUCCUGGAAUAUUUCUCUCUCUCUUCCUUGGACAUGCAAAGUAUUAGAAGAGGCAGGCAAUGGUUUUAUCAGUGUUGCACUGAAUUUGGCUUCUUUCAGACCACGGAUUCAAACAACCACCCAUUUUCUGGAUUGCCUCUCAGGUAUUAUGUUAAGAGAUGUUCUGAUGUCUUUGGCACUGGAUUCAAUUAUGAUUCAUUGACUUGGCGUGUAAAAGCCAAUAACAUAUACUAUGGUGGCUUCAAUGUGAAUGGAAGCAAAAUCAUCUUUUCCAAUGGUUCCAAUGAUCCUUGGCACUUUCUGGGAAUCACAAAGGAUAUCAGUAGAGAUUUGCCUGCUGUCUUCAUGAAAGGUGAAAUACACUGUGCAGAUAUGUAUAAACAAAUGGAUACUGAUUCACAUGAACUAAUUCAAGCUCGAGAAAAAAUCUUCCAGAUCCUACAAAAAUGGCUAAAGCAAUAGAUCUCUCUGAAAGAUAAGUGCAACACAACUCAAAAUCUGUUCUUUUAUUUUCUUGCUCAAAUGUAAAAUGUCCCACAAGGGUGAAAUUAAAGCAGACCCAAAAGUCUUAUUCUUUUAUGUAACUGUUAAGUUUGUUUUGUUGUAAUAGGAAGUCAUUUUUUAAAAUAUAACUGUACCAUUCAGUUUACUUGAGAGAUACUAUUUUUGUGCUUACAUUUCUACUUAUUUAGAUUGAAGUCAUUAUAAAAAUUAUUAGCUUGAAAUUAGAGCUAACUCAGUUAAACUGGAGGCAAAAAACUAAAACAAAUCAAGUGGGUAAAAAUAACUCAGGUAUAAAAGUACAAAUGUAAUUUACAAUAUCACAUAUAUCUAAAGAAUAAACAAAAUACAUUAUCUCUUCUUUAGUAUGCUGUUGUUAUUAGACGCCGCUGAGUUGGUUCCAACUCAUAGCGACCGUAUGCACAACAGAACGAAAUGCUUCCUGGUCCUUCGC